GUCAUUCAAGAAAUGGCAUGCUGAUGUACCACGGGGCCACGGAAGAUCUUCGGACACCGGAUCAGACGCAGCUGCCCCCCGGCUGCUAUUUUCACUCAGCUUAAAGCGCCAUGGGCAGCCAGCAUCUACGCCAUGGACUACCCACAACAACCACUCUCUCUUUGCACGCCAUGAAGUCCACUGCAGGAGAGCACGGGCUUGCUCAUGCACAUCCCGCACAUGAUACCCAAAGCUUGCCCUCAGACCCUGAUGAGCUUGACAGUGGUAGCGACAGCUCUGAGAAAUCCACCGGUGCCUGGAGCCCUACUCAGGGCCACAAGGAAGGGUGGAGGCGCCGUGGGGGCCGUAGACUUGCAUGCAUGAGCAAACAGCGGCAGGCAGCUAACGCUAGGGAGCGAGAUCGCACGCACAGCGUCAACACCGCCUUCACGGCUCUACGCACCCUCAUCCCCACGGAACCAGCCGACAGGAAGUUGUCAAAAAUUGAGACUCUGCGCUUGGCAUCAAGCUACAUUUCGCACCUGGCUAAUGUGCUUCUACUAGGGGAGGACUGCAGGGAUGGGCAACCCUGCCUGAAAUAUCACAACAUUUUACAAAGCAACACCAACAUCAAAACCCCCCCAGUUAAACCCAUCUGCACUUUCUGCUUGAGUAACCAAAGAAAACUGCUAAGAGAUGGGGAAAAGCAUACUACCGCAUGACAGGAAGGGUUAUCCGACUGAUCGGUGCUACAUACGAGCUCCCAACUUCUAAAUGUUUACGUGUAAAGAAACAUCACCUUGCACAGAGACAAGAUAUUUACUGUAUGUUCUUUUUUUGUCCUAAGAGGACAGAGGACAGAUGGAGUGGUGAGAAGAAUCUACGAAUACUGCACUUUUUUGAGUUUACUAUCUGUGUUGCAUAUGCAUGUGUGUCCACCUUAUCAACUGAGUUUUGGUUAAUGUAACCGGAGAAUAUGUGUAAAGUUGCACCUGGUGGGAGGCUAUUUCAGUGUCAGAUAUAGUGAGCUACACCAUCCCUCGCCUUAAAAAACAGUCUUGUGUCUGUCUCUCGCGCGCGUCACAUGAUGGUAAUUGACACCCUGCGGUUUGCAGUGGUUGCUGUCAGUACAACAGUGGGCAAAAUCCCAUCCCCUCCCUCUUGUCUCUACAUCUAUGAUGGGACCACGAUCCCAACAUGGCUCUCAAGAGACUGUAAACAAGAUUCUAUCCUAUGCAUGAUAAUUUGGGUAGGGCAAAGCAUGCUAAAGAUUUACGAGAGUUCAAAUGGCACAUGACUUCUUGCUGAAGGUGGAACUAUUUCGUAAUGAGAAUAUAACUUUUAAGAGUGUCUUGGAGCCUGGUGUUAGUCAACAGACAAGCUGUCACACUGGGUCAUGACCCUGACACGUAUGUUGAAUGGCCCUUUCCCAAAUGCCACCUUCAGCCCUUGCAUUCUUUGAGUGCACACGUUGUUGACGUCACUUCUGAUUCUUAGAUAGUGUUUACACCUUCAGCAAAAGGGCACAUGAGCACUCUUCUGACCCUCUAGAGUCUUCAGGACUUUAUGGACACGUGCGAGUAAAGCCCAAAUUACAAGUUCAGCUCAAAUGCACCAUUUGGGACAGGCUCUUGUGCACACUACAAGUAAAGUUGGUCGCAUUGCGCACAUUUAAAGACUCGGUUUCUAUGUUUUGCUGCGAUGUUGACGCAUAAGUGUGCACUUAAUGCCAACUUUUCAGACUAGGCGUUUCAAUAACUUUUUAUUUAGCUAGCAAGAUAAAAGCAAGAAAGUAAAAUUCCUUCAUUCUUGUAGCGAGCACAAGGUAUAGUUCAUUUUUGUUGUUUACAUAAACAGAAUAGAAAUCACAAAUUUGAUCCUAACAUUCUCUGUGAUUAUAACUUGAGUGAUGAUGCAGAGUUAGAAAUAUUUAUGCAAGGGCAGUAGCUAGUGGUGUUAAAGGUGGUAACGCUCCAAAGGGCCCCACAACAAAUUCUAAACUUUUUUUGUUUUAAUAGGAAAGGGGCCCAGAGCAAUAUAGUCAGGGGGCCUAGAUGACCUUGCUAUGGCCCUGUAAUUAGGUAAAGCAAAUUUAGAAGAAUGUAGCAAUUACUAUCCAAAAUGUUUACCUGCGUUUGUUGCACAAGUCUUUUUGUCGAAUUGCUAAUGCCAUUUCUUUUUAGCAUCAAUUUGCGAAAAACUAUUUUUUUUCUCCUUUCAUAAGCAAAUGUGCACAAUCAAAAAAUUUGAGUGCAAAUAUCAUGCAUUAAUUGUACUUGAAUUACUAUAUUACAAGAUUGCCAGUCUUUUGUAAAUAUUUGAACACCGCCUUUGUUGACCCUGGGUCAAAUUUCAACAGUAAUAUAGCCUACUUUCAAAACAUUUUAAACACAUAGACCCAUCAUAUUGUGAUACUUGAAAUUUCUUUUUUUUUUUUCCUCUUUCUUUUGCACACGUCAAACAUCAAACAAGCUGCUAUUUAAUGAAGUAUUUUUUUUAAAAGAACUCUUCUGUACUCUUCAUGAUUUUUUUUCAAAUCAUUAAAAUUAUUUUUGAAAACAUGUUCAUUCAGCAUGAAGUUUAUCCCGAGACAUGGUUUGCAGUGCC